GAACAAUCCAAUCACCUUCUCUACUCUUCCUCAAGUGAACUAACCACCAAAAACCAAACUCAAGAUGCCUUGCCCAUGCGGAUCCGGUUGCAAAUGCGCCACCCAGACACCCAAGGGAGCCUGCAACUGCGGCACUGACUGCAAGUGCGGUGGCGACAACAAAGCCAAGUGCGGCUGCUCCAAGUGAGGGGUAUCCCAAGCCCGCCCAAGCCUACUGGCAUCCAUCCACAUACCCGCACCGAUAACGUUGUAUUAUUUUUUGCACUCUCCAAACGUCAUGCAGCACCUAUUUUAUAAUUUGUUCCUCGCUUUGCAUAAUGUCCAAUAAACCCAAUUGAAACUUGA